CGCGACUUUGCACACUGGAGCUUUCCCAACUCCGCUCGGCACUUGACCUGACCAACACACCACCCUUUUUUUCCGCCCCAACGAACAGCAACCCACGGCCACGGCCUGCAAAACGAAACAAUGAUAUGCAGAACGUGUCUCCGUCAAGCGGCCCGCUUGCCGCACAGGACAUUACCGACGACUCGAUCCUUCACAACCACACUGCGACCUCUGAAUGCUGCCGCUGCCGCCCCAUCGCCGGCCGCCGACGCAGCACCAGCAGCACAAGCGCCCGCUGAUGCUGCGGCAAACGCAAACCCGGUUCUGUCUACCUGCCCCAAGGGCACCGUCCUCAAGGGCCUCAACUACUUCAAGGACAAGUCGGACCCCGUCGCGCUGGCCGACGAUGCAUACCCUGCCUGGCUGUGGAACUGCCUCAGCGUGACCAAGAAGGCGGCCGCCGUCGACGCGGAUGCCGGAGCUGAUGAGUUUUCAAAGUCAAAGAAGCAGCGUCGCCUGGCAGCCAAGAAGCAGCGCGCCCUCGAGGCCCAGCUCCUCGCUUCCGGAGACCUGUCCGCCCUGGCCCCCAAGAUCCCCGUCCAGCAACAGUCCAUCAACCUUCCCAGCGCCGAGGACGGCUCGGUCGAGUCUGCCGUCGAGGCCGCCGAGACGCGCGAGGCACUCCGCACGGCCAUGCGCAAGGAGCGCAAGGCCAAAAUCAAGGAGAACAACUACCUCAGGUCCAUGUGAGGUUGAGACGAGGAAGGGGUUUUGCUGGGCGAUGUUUAAAUGGUCCCAAAAGGCCUGUAUUUUUUUUUUUUUACCCUGGAGGUUGCCUGGUUCGUUUGUCGGGGUACUACAUUUUGCCCUUCUGUACUAUCAUGCAAAAGUCUACCACUGUUUUAUUAUCAUGUCAAUAGAGCAUCCGUAUAUUUGGAUUUUAUGCCAUCUUGAAAACAUUGCCAUGUUUAUGGGAA